UCCGGCAAGGAGUUCAGAGAGGAGUUUACACGACGCGACUCGAGAGCUUUAGAAAGGCCGUGAGGAACAAAAAAAUAAAAUUUCUUUUCCGCGUCGCUUCGCUCGAGCUUGGGCUCUCGCUUGCCCCCUUCUCUCCUCCAUUCCGAAACCCUAGUUCAUAGUCGUCUCCUCUUCGAUCUCUUCUCCGGAGCUUUUUGCGCUCUUCUCUGUAGUUUGGAGCUUCGAGGAUCUUAAAUCUGAAGCUCUGAAUAUCUGCUUUGAUUAUUGGUGGGAAUUGGGAGAGGAUUUGGGGGCCUUAAGCAUGUUGCCGCGUGAAAAGAUUGCUGAGUUUGAUGUUAUUUGAAGCGAAAGGAAGCGGAAGUUGGAAAACUAGUGGUUGGAAUGGAAUCGGCUUGAUAGAAUUAUAACCAAAUUUAUGAAAUUACUGAUACAAUUUGUAUUAAAACUCUUGCUGUAAGCCUUUGAUUUACCGAUCCGUGGGUUCGGUUGUUGAAUACGCGGUUAGAUCGUCGUUAUUUGACUUCGCCAGCUCUAUGACUAAUUUCUUGCCCCUUCUGUCAUUGAGUUGUGAGAUAAUUAUACCUGUAUAGAUCUUGGGGGUUAUUUAACCUGUGAUUUAAAGAGUAGUUGGGUACCGAGAAAAGCAAAGACGGAGAAAGAGCGAGUUAUGGCCUUUUUGAUGCUUGGUGCCACCGGCCCUCCCAUCAAACGAAGAGCUGGUUUGAGAAUUAAACAAGCAGGGCGAGGAUCUUACCGAGGCAGCUAGGUUUUCCAUCGUGGUCUAGAGCUUGCCUUGAACUUUGUUUUUGGGCUGUAUUAGCGAUGGGGUCAGCUAAUGCUCUGAGGCAGUUGUUGAGGAGCUUGUGCUGCAGCACCCGGUGGAAAUAUGCAGUCUUCUGGAAACUAAAGCAUGGAUGCCAUGAUAUAUUGACUUGGGAGGAUUGCUAUGUGGAGAAUACAGAAUUUGAUCUUACCAUGGAAGAUGCUUAUGAUGGGUUUCUUUAUGCUAAACCUGGAAUGAUAACAUUCAGCAGUAAUAGUGGUGCCCAGGGUGUGAACUCUGUACGGUGUCCCAUUGAAGAAGUUGUGUCAAACAUGUCCUGCCGCCGGUAUUCUCUUGGAGAGGGGAUUGUUGGUAAAGUGGCACUCACAGGAAAGCACCAAUGGAUUUUUGCCAGCGGAUCCCAUUCUACAUUACUAUCCAGGUGUUUCGAGGACUUGCAGCUUCAGUUUGCUGCAGGGAUCAAGACAAUUCUCCUCAUACCUGUUGUCCAUCAUGGGGUUGUACAACUUGGCUCGUUGGAUACACUUCAGGCCUGGGAGGAUUCAGCUAUAGUGGAGCAUAUAAAAGGUUUAUUCUGUAGGUUUUAUCCAAGUUCGGGGGCUUCCAGUUCUUCAGCCGCUGGCUCUGUACAACUCACUGCACCUCUACCACUAGAUUCUAUAGAUGCUACAGCUGGUGACUUUCUUAAUCAACAGGUUUUAACUACUGGAAAUCUGCCACUUUUCAUGGUUCAAGCUGAUUCUAUACCGCAAAAAGAUGCUAGUGAUCCAACAUAUGACAUCGACAAAACGCCUUAUGCAAAUAGAGUGAUGAAGGUGAAUCAGAGUGAAUAUUGUUCAGAUCAUAUUGAUGAGCCCAUUUUACUGACACAUUCUGACAAGAUGCUUGAGAGUAAUAUGACCAGUUCCUUCUUUUUUGAGGAUGAAAGCAACUUGUUUUCUCAGCCUAAUGCCAUUGAAAGUGAAGUGAAUUAUAAGGACUAUGGAUUUUAUGCCACAGAGUAUAGUGCUUAUGGUCAUUUCAAUGCGAUGGAUUUUAUAUAUGAAUAUGAGAAAGGGCACACUGGCAUGGCUGUUUUUCAAAAUGAAAAGGACUUAUCUUUGAACUUCCCUGUUGGCUCGGAGCUACACAAAGCAUUUGGGGUUGGCUCCGUAAAAGAACAUGAUGAUUUCUUAUGGUGCACUACUUUAUCAGAGGAAGCGAAUACAUUUCACACAAAUGAAAAUGAUGUAGAAAGUAUCUUGGAUGCAAUGCUAGGCAAUCAACAUGACGCCUUGGAUGAUACACCUGAGGCAUCAUUACACAUAGCAUCUUGUCACACUUUAGAAAAUUUUGGAGAUUCUUGCCUCACACAGGCUAAAAUUGAGGUAGACACCCUGAGCCUAGAAGAUUCAGUGCCUGUGAGUUUAAUAAAGUCUGCUUCCAUCUCCAUGAGCGGACGCUUGACAACUUCUGCUACUGAUUCUUUGCCAAAGAGCAUCUCACAGUCAGUCAGUGGAAAACAAGGUGAUAGCACUAUAUAUAAAACAUUUGGAUCAAAUUCAUCCCAGAGUAGCAAAAGAAAAGGUAGAAAUAAUAAUUUUCACAGACCAAGGCCAAGGGAUAGACAACUGAUUCAAGACAGAAUUAAGGAGCUGCGUGAGCUUAUUCCAAAUGGAUCAAAGUGUAGUAUUGAUGCUCUGUUGGACAGAACAGUAAAGCACAUGCUGUUCCUGAGAGGUGUUUCUAGCCAAGUUGAAAAAUUGAAACAAGCUACGAGCUGUAAGGCCAAAAUUGCUGAUGGGCCUUCGGGUAAACACCCUACCCACCAAAGUGGAGCCACCUGGGCCUACAAGGUGGAGAGCCAACAGCCUGAUAAGCGUCCUCCCUUAAUAGUGGAAGACCUUGAACAACCAGGCCACAUCCUCAUAGAGAUGCUUUGCAAGGAGUAUGGGCUCUUUCUAGAAGUUGCUCGGAUUAUCAAGGGACUGCAGCUGACUAUCCUCAAGGGAGUGUUAGAAAGUCGGUCCGAUGACAAUCUCUGGGCUCACUUCAUCAUCGAGGCAUACAAAGGCUUCCAUCGGAUGCAUAUCCUGUGGCCGCUGAUGCAACUGCUGCAGCAAAAUUAACAGAGCACUACCUACCUCUUCAAGAUGUAAACUUUUCGAGACGUUAGAAUGUGUGCUUAAACAAAUUGAAAUGUACAAUAACUAAUAGCACAAGCUGUAUUAAACACCAGGGAUGCAAUCGACCGUACACUACUAAGUUAUCAAGACCUCGGAAAGAAUUGAAUA